AGGGAAGUGGCUCGGCUGUCUUGCUGGCUACCCUCCUUUGCUGGAAGGAACUUAUCUCCUAUGUACACAGCUCUUAGAGUUCAGAGGCCUCUGCUGACCUCUGCCCAACCUCUCCCUCUCUGCACUCAAGCCCUCACUGGUACAUAGAAGAGCAAAAGCAGGCAAGGACUAGGAAAAAGGAAAGGAGGCUGGAGACAGGCUGCCAGAGGGUUCAGAAGCCAGCUCAUCUCCCUGUCCCAACUCUGUCCACCUGCUGCUGUGGCCACAGCAACAGAAGAGGCAGUUAGCAAGACGAGAAGUCCCAGUCCAUAAGGCCCGGUAUCUUAUAGACAGUGGUGUUAUUAGCUCUGACACCUAAGAUGUCUCAAGAUAUGGAAGAACUCACCCAAACCAGGUUGCAGAAGAUCUGGAUUCCACACAGCGGCGGCAGCAGUGGGCUGCAACGGAGGAGGGGCUCAUCCAUACCCCAGUUUACCAAUUCCCCCACAAUGGUGAUUAUGGUGGGUUUACCAGCUCGAGGAAAGACUUACAUCUCUACGAAGCUCACCCGAUAUCUGAACUGGAUCGGAACACCAACUAAAGUGUUUAAUUUAGGCCAAUAUCGAAGAGAGGCAGUUAGCUACAAGAACUAUGAAUUCUUUCUCCCAGACAACCUGGAAGCUCUACAUAUCAGGAAGCAAUGUGCUUUGGCUGCCCUUAAGGAUGUCCAUAACUAUCUCAGCCAUGAGGACGGUCGUGUUGCGGUUUUUGAUGCCACCAACACUACCAGAGAACGACGGUCAGUGAUUUUGCAGUUUGCUAAGGAACAUGGUUACAAGGUGUUUUUUAUUGAGUCCAUUUGUAAUGACCCUGAAAUCAUUGCAGAAAACAUCACGCAAGUGAAACUCGGAAGCCCUGAUUACAUACACUGUGACCGAGAAAAGGUUCUAGAAGACUUUCUAAAAAGAAUUGAAUGCUAUGAACUCAAUUACCAACCCUUGGAUGAUGAAGUGGACAGCCACCUGUCCUACAUCAAGAUCUUCGACGUGGGCACACGCUACAUGGUGAAUCGAGUGCAGGACCACGUCCAGAGCCGCACAGUAUACUAUCUUAUGAACAUCCAUGUCACACCCCGCUCCAUCUACCUAUCCCGGCACGGUGAGAGUGAACUCAACCUCAGAGGCCGAAUUGGAGGUGACUCUGGCCUCUCAGCUCGGGGCAAGCAGUAUGCUUAUGUCCUGGCCAACUUCAUUCAGUCCCAGGACAUCAGCUCCCUGAAAGUGUGGACCAGCCACAUGAAGAGGACCAUCCAAACAGCUGAGGCCCUGGGCGUCCCCUAUGAGCAGUGGAAGGCCCUAAAUGAGAUUGAUGCGGGUGUGUGUGAGGAGAUGACCUAUGAAGAAAUUCAGGAACAUUACCCUGAAGAAUUUGCACUAAGGGACCAAGAUAAAUAUCGAUACCGCUAUCCCAAGGGAGAGUCCUAUGAGGAUCUGGUUCAGCGUCUGGAGCCAGUUAUAAUGGAGCUAGAACGGCAGGAAAAUGUACUGGUGAUCUGUCACCAGGCUGUCAUGCGGUGCCUGCUAGCCUACUUCCUGGAUAAGACCUCAGAUGAGCUGCCAUAUCUCAAGUGCCCUCUGCACACAGUGUUCAAACUCACACCUGUGGCUUAUGGCUGCAAACUGGAGUCCAUCUACCUGAAUGUGGAGGCUGUAAACACACACCGGGAGAAGCCUGAGAAUGUGGACAUCAACCGAGAACGUGAGGAAGCCCUGGAUACUGUUCCUGCCCACUACUGAGUCCUCCCCAGGAGUCCAAACUACCUCUUUCCUCACUGUCUUACACCUUUAGAAGCUUCUAUCCUUAUUCUUCUUCUACACUGAGAGGACCUUGGAUUUGGCCUCACUGAGAGAGUCCUGCUUUCAGUGAAGAUGCCCUCAGCAUUUCUAGAACAGGUCUUGAUUUCUAGGUACAACCAAGGAGCUGUCUAGCUCUGGAUGAAACGUUUUAUCUUAAUUUGUAUUCUCUGAUCAAUGAAAACUUCUCUUGCUGCCUUUUAGAGGGGGCAGAUGGCCAUUGUGAGGCUUCUGUCACAGGAUCUUGUUGAGAUCCUGACCCUGUGAAGUGGCUCGGUGGAGAUGUGGAAUGGGAGAGAGCUUCCUGGCAGAAAGAGGUCUGAGGUAGCAUCUCCAAAAGUGAGGUAGGAGAUAGAUUUCUGUAACUGCUUAUUAGCCUUGUUCUUUGGUGGGAGGUAUGGCUGGGGGCAUGACACCAUCAUCCCUAUACUCAGAGAAGCUGUACUUGGACCACUGUACUCCUCUCUUCUCCAAUUCUUGCUGACAUUAUGAGUGUUAUCAUUGUCCACAUAAAUAAUCCAAACAAUACUUUGGCCUCCCAGCCCCCCUCAACUUCACUGAUUACCCAUUACAUGAACAUUGACAUCAUGUAGACUUCUCCCCAGUCUGACUUCUUAAAUACUACUGUCUGACCACUGACCUCUAGUCUUUACAACUUCCUGUGUCAUCCACAGGAUCCCUAGCAGCAUGCCUCCUACACAGCAGGCAUGCACAUAGUAUGUGCUGAAAAAAACACUCGUUCUCUCACUGCAUUUAUCCCUUUGCCCUUCCAUCACAGCCACCAGUAACCCAAACCUUGUAUAACCCACAUUGCUUUUUUUUGGGUUGCUGAUCACUGCUUGAAGAAAAUCUCCAUUGAUCUGCUUCCACAGCCACCCUUAAAUCCUGUUCAAAGUCAGGGUCUUUGGCUUUGAAAAUCCACCCUCUAUUUUCUGGCACUCUAUUGCAUCCCACCUUCUCAGGGAUGCACUACUUCAGUCAAUUCCUGACUAUUCCUUUUCUACCUGCUGUCCUUCUCUAUUGGCUCGUGCCCCCAUGGUCUAUAAAACGUGGUAGGGUCUCUUUCCUAUCCUAAUAAAACCCUCCCUUGUUUCUGUGUCCACUUCUAAUGACCUCUCUCCUCCUCCCUCCAUUCUUACAGAAACAUCUCAAAAUGAAUCUAUAAUUACUAUCCAGAACCUGCUCCCUCUGCAUUCUGUUCCAGGCCUUCCACCUUCACAUCUUUGCUUUAAGCUAUUAUUCCCUUUCUGCCAUGCUUUGCCCAGGUCUCUAUCCCAUUGAAGUCAUACUUGCCUUUUAGCCCACCUUCUCUCAAGAGCUAUGCUGAUCUUUAGCUCCUCUGUGUACCCAUAAUAUCACUCACAACAACCUAAGAACAAUUAAAAAAAACUCCAAUUCAUUUUGCAAAUUUAAUGUAACUCUGAUACCAAAUAUGACAGCACACAAAAAGCAAACAAUAAAGCAGGAUUGGCAACCAAAUUUUUUCUAUAGCAUGCCAACUUCAGCUGAUUGGUAGUAUUUGCUUAGACUGCUGGGUGAACAAAGAUUUCAAGGAUGUACCUUGGCUCCACGAGAAGGAAGGACUGCUGCAACUCAUUAAUGGUAUCUGUAAACAUGGGAAAUAAACCUGAAAACAAAACACCAAAAAGGAACAUAUUUUAAGUACCAAAUACACUGUUUUCUCAUACUUCUUUAUUGUCCUCAUCUCCCCACCCUGCCCUCCCACCUUGGAGAUUCUUAUAACAUCUCCCACCACUUAUAUUAAUACCCAUGAUCCUUAGCUGUGGAAAUGCUGUAAUUACCUGAAACCUCUCUAGCCAUAGGAGAAACUACAGGCACCAAGGCUGAUGACUCCAACACCAAAGACAGCACCGUUGCUCAGUCCACCGCUGAAGCCAGCACUGCUGUUCAGUGCACCACUGAAGCCAACGAUAAAACUGGGUCCACCGUUGAAGCCAAUGCUGGUGCUGGAACCACUGCCAAAGCCAAUGAUGAUACUCAGUCCUUCAUUAAAGCUGGUAUUAGGCCUACCACCACAGCCAUCACUGAUGUUGAGACUACCACUAAAGCCAGCCCUGGUGCCAAAUAUGCUGCUAAAACCAGCAUUGGUGCCCAGUCCACCACCAAAGUCAUCAUUGGAGAUCAGUCCACCACUGAAGCCAGCACAGGUGCUUAGUCCACCACCAAAUCCAGUGUCAGUACUUAACCCAUUGCCAAAGUUAAAACCCACACUGGUGCUAAGCCCAUUAACAAAACUAGCACUGGUAGCUCCACUAAAUAAAGCAGGUGCUGAUGCCAGGAGGGCCACCAAAGCAUAGACUGGUGUUAGAAACAUUGUCAAAGCAGAGGCUGGUGCUGGGACCUCCACCAAAGCCAAUGCUGGUGCUAGGAGCAAAGCCAGUGGUGGAGCUAAGUGCUCCACUGAAGUCAGCACUAGUACUGAACACACCACCAAAGCCAGAGUUCAUGGUGGGUGCACUACUAAAGCUGUUGCUAGUGCUGACAGCACUGCUGAAACCAGCACUAGUGUUGAGUGCACCACCAAAGUCAACCCAGGUGCUGACUGUACCACCAAAGCUACCACAAGUACUGGGAGAGCCACUGAAGCAGAUGUUGGUGCUUAGUAUGCCACCAAAGUCAGCAAUGGUACUGGAAGAGCCACUGAAGGAGACACUGGUGCUGAGUAUGCUAUCAAAACCAGCGCUGGUACUAGGAGAACCACCAAAGCAGACACUACCAGGGAAUGUGCCACCAAAGCUGGCACCAGAGCUGGGAGGGCCACCAAAGCAGAUUCUGGUACUGAGUGUGCCACCAAAGCCAGUGCUGGUACUAAGUAUGCCACUAAGAGUGCACUGGUGCUGGGUGCACUGCCAAAGCUGGCACUGGUAAUGAAUGCACCACUGAAACCAGCAGUGGGGAUCAGUGUGCCUCCAAACCCAGAGCUGACUCCACCACUGAAACUGGUCCUGCCACAAAAGCUAACACUGGCUCUACCACUGAAAUUGGAGCAGGUGCUGGGUGUGCCACCAAAACUAAUGCCACUUUUGUCACCAAAGCCACCAAUGGGACUGCGUGCACCACUGAAGCUAAUACUAGCACCAUUGUGUAAGUUAGCUCUGGUGAUAGUUCCUCUGCUGAAGUUGAUGUUGGUGCUGGCAUAUGCAUUUUCUUGGGCUCUAGCCUCAGUUUCAAAUGAAAAUGUGCUCCAGGACUGAGCAUCAUUGCCUAACUCUUCCUUUGUUAGGUACUGUUAGGUAGUCUAUAUCCAUGUCAUCCCAAUUCCUGGGCCCAGCCACAGCUUCCUCUCCAAUUCCCACUUGAGCUCUUGCCUCAGCCCUGCCCUCAGACUCAGCCACAGCCACAGCUGCAGCCUGGACCUCCAUCUCCACUGCCUCCCGGUACUGAGCAGCCCAGUCCUUGGGGCCUUUCUUCUGCACCUGAAAUGGGAGUGAUAAUCAUUAUAAGGAAAAUAACAUUAUAAUGAUGUAGUAAGUACAUAUUAUGGGAUUUGUAUCAAACCAAUAGCAGUAUAUUUUAAAUUUUUUAGUUUCUGGGGCUCUAUUAUGAUGGGUUAGUCUUGAGAUCCAAUUUCAGCUCUAGUAACUUAGGUGCUGGGUGACCUUGGAUAAGUUACUUAACCUCAAGGAGCCCAUCUUCAUCUGUAAUAUGGGAAAUGAUAAGAGAGUACAUAUAUAUUGUGGAUUAAAUGUUGUGUCCCUCUCCCAAAUUGGUAUGUGGAAGCACCACCCCUCAAUAUGACUGUUUUUAGAGAUGGGGCCUUUAUGGACGUGAAAUGAAAUGAAGUCAUAAUGGUGGGAUUCUGAUCCAAUGGGAUUAGUGUCCCCAAAAGAACAGAUUCUCUUCCCACCAUGUGAGGACAUAGCAAGAAGGCAUCCAUCUGCCAGCCAGGCAAGAUGCUUCACCAGAAACUGACACUGCUAGAGCCUGAUCUGGGACUUCCAGCCUCCAAGACUAUGAAAAAAUAAAUUUCUGUUGUUUAAGCCA